CAUUUUCUUCUCCUCUUCGAAACAAAAGCCAUGGCCAGUGAGCCCUCUCCUCUCGCUCUGCUUUUACAAGCCUCCGAAUUGAGGAGGCAACGUUUGCAAGAUUACAAUAGAACGCAUCUCAUAGAGAGUGCUAAGAGUAAUAGUUUUGAAGCGGAAAGAUCCACAAAGGUUUAUAAUGCGCAAAAGGCCUGGGAGCGUGCCGAACGUGCAUACGUAACAGAAGCUUGCACGGUCCUCGAAGAGGGCACAUUACUCGUAAGUAGCAUGGAGGAGAUGGAAGCUCUGUUGGAGCUACUCAGACUUGGUGUAACGCUUCAUCGACCUCUAAGCGUGGUGAUUAAGGGCCCCUUACCGCAGGGAAAUGUGGUAGAUCCCCUCGUAGCACAAAUGAGGGCCACUUUGGAGCGCGAAGGCUUCGAGUCGUGGCAUGGGAACACCUACAAUUUCCUGCAGUCUUUUCUGCCAUUCCUCUACCCUGCCCCGGCGGAGCAGCCCGCCCCGGCGGCGGACUAA